GUCUCGGAUAACUUUUGUCUACAUUUUCAUACGGAGAUCCUCUUGUGUCUAUGACUUGUGCACUCUUAUUCCAGGUAUGCGUAUCCAAUUACGUGAUAUUUAUGAUUUUUACUUGGUUUUCUCCAGGAACUCUUGGUAGACAAGGUUCACCGCCAGUGGCACGGAAUUUGGAGGCACGACUUCGCGCACUGAACAAAUCUUUCAUCUUUGUCUUGCUGUCGGAGAUUUUCCCUGCCAAACUGGCCUUAUUUGAGGACCAGAUCGAUGUAUGGAUUCAGGUAGCUUGUCCGCGACUCAGUAUCGACUGGGGUACGGAAUUUCAGAAGCCUAUUCUCACCCCGUACGAGGCAGCUGUUGCGUUGGAUUUGGCUGAAUGGCGAGAAACGACAGACUCGGCUUAUCCAAUGGAUUAUUAUGCGUAUGACAGUCUCGGUUCAUGGACUCCAAACCACCGUGAUAAUCGUCCGGCGCUCAACGCACGAGCUAUAACACAGACUUCUGUGGUCGUAAAGCAAGAACACACCGGAUGAACCAUUGUAAUACAUAUUUACAGCAUUUUCGAUAUUAAUACUUAAAUAAAUGAACAGUUGC